ACUGCCGUUGAGGGUCAAGUAUUUCACCUAACCUAACCUCAAGUUUUGCACUUUUCCAGCACUUUUCGGGCAAUUUGGCUUUCUUUUACUGCCCACGCUUGUAAUUGAGGAGUCUUACCAUACAAUAAUUUUUUCUCAGUGCCUGUUAUCUCGGAUCUACUACCUUAAAUCCAAAUUUUUAGUGUCAGUGGUCAAAUCUGUUCGUACAUGAUCUGUUAUUUGGUCUGAAGUGGAUUUCAUUGUAUGUACCCAAUGGCAGAACUACAAAACUUUUCAGAUUGUCUGUAAUGUUGCUCAUUUGUCAGGAGACUCCGUCCCGCCGUUGACACUCUCCCCCGGCGAGUAGCCCGCUUCUCGAUAAUCCGCCUAAUUCCACCGCUUCCCUGUUUACGUUGGCCGCUCAACCCCAGAGGAGGAGCAUUGAAUCGUCGAGUGCGGAAAGUGCAGAUGUCCCGUCAGGUGCAACCAGUGAAAAAAUAGCUCUUGAACCGAUUAGAAAACAACAAAAAUUCUUCAAACAACCAUGACUGAUGAUGUAUCACUUCUUAAGCAGCUAACCUACUUUAAGACAAAUUUGGAAUAUUUCCUUAAUUACUCAAAAUUCACAGGAAAUGAAGACUUUUUCCAGACCAUCUGCACAGUAUGCCAGAGAUGUGCACCUGGAAACCAAGAUGUUCAUGAAAUUCUCCUUCACUUGACCGAUUUAACCUUAACCCUACUAUCAAAAAGGAUACUGACCCUUAAUCAGCAACUCAUCGCGACGAAAGCAUUCCUCUACAUUCAGGGCAAUUUUGUGUCCGAUCAUGAGAGUCCGUUGAAUUUGAUUCAGUUAGCGACUCUUGAUGAAGAGAAUAAAACUUUUGUUUAUAGUCUUCCAACCAAACUAUUGGUCAAGCUUAACUUUUCUGGUAUUGAAGAGAUUGCUCUCUUCAAAGUUGCCUUUUUCUACCUUUUUUCAAAUUCAUUAAAAGAAGAAAGAUUAAUUUCAUUGUUUGGCUCAAGGCCAGUGAACUGUGAUCUGUUGAGUCAGAUUGUCAAUUAUUGCAAAGUUCAAAAUUUUUUGACAUCAAUUUCUUUUAAAACUUUAGUCAACUUUUUGUCGAGCUUCUCUUGCGACCAAUUUCAUAUUUUUUUCAGUGAUGAGUCACUCCUUAGUAUUCUCAACUUAAUAUUAGCAAACUGGGAAAACCCCAUUCCUGGCGUGAAAGAAAACAAUUUGAUCCUUUUUCGGCUGUUUCUCUCUCUAAAGAAGGACAAACUUCCCGAGUUGAACUUGUCGAAGAUUGUUUAUGAAGACUUAUCAUGGAAAAUGAAAGCGAAGUACCUCAUGAUCAUGGAAAUUCUAAAUUUAGACAAGGACUCAGUUCUGAAUAUAAGUACGCACUAUCCAUAUCUCAUUCCAAAACUUUUCGACAGUAUGAAAAUAAACUAUUUAGUGUCUGCAUGCACAGAAUUGUACCUGUUUAUCAUCAGCUGCAUUGAUUUCGAACAGUGGAAGAGAACAUUUUUGAAGCAGCUAGUCUUUGUACUAACUUCGGAACACAACAAUGAAUCUCAGAAGUGGAAUAUUUUAAAUCAUUGGACUAUCAAAACCCUGAAAAAGUUUCCGCAGUCGGUAGAAUUUCUUCUAUCCAUUUUACUCGAUGAGAAAAAUAGCAAUGUUUCCUCCUGCGCUCUUCUAGCCAUUAUAAUGUGUCUCAAAACGCUUCGAAAACAAGGGAUAAAAGGCUAUAAAGAAUUUAAUGACUUCCAAAAAUUUGAGACUUUGGUAUUGGAAGGACUGCAUCAUGAAAACGAACGGAUCCGUUGCGAAAGUUUCAACUUGCUUUGUAGUUGCACCAAAACCAGUAUAGAGCCAUCAGAAAGGGAAUACACUUUAGUUCUUCAAUUCAUUAUCGAAAAUGUUAACUUCGAUAGCUCACAUGUGCGACAAAAUCUUUUGACUUCCUUUGUGAUAUUUUUAGAUAGGCUUAAAAAUUCAGUCAUUCUUAAAUUAAAAAACCCCAAAGAAGGCAAGCUUACAGGUAGUCAUGCUUUAUGGUUUUUAGAAUUAUUGAUUCAAUUUUUAAUUCAGAAUUUAGCAGUAGGAAGUAAUUAUCAGCGGAAAAUAACUAGCUUGAAGUUACUGAAGAUCCUAGCUGUCAAGUUUGACUCAUCAGAGGUAGUUUCCAAGUAUCUCACAGAUAAUGUCACGCUUCUGCAGUGUUUACAUCAGUGUAUCGUAGGAGGAACUGAUGAUAUUAUCGAAACAGCUGCACAGAUAGUUAUAUUUUUAAUUUCGUCGAUGAAUGGUUUUGCGAAAACUUACCAAUCCAGUAACUCGAUACCUGAGCAAAAUCCUGAUCUGUCACUUUGUUGUGCACACAAUGAAGUUCUGCUUAAAGUUUGUCUGCUAACCGAGGCAGCAAACAUUGAAUCCAUAAACUACACCGAGAAAAUCGUCCUAUCUCUAGUGCAAUCCAUCCAAGAUGAAGCAAAGACAUUGUUCGUGGAUGCAUUGCAAGUUGCGUCCUCAGGAAUUUUGCUCUAUUCGCUGAAAGCGUUAACUCGUUUGAUUUCUGAUCAAGAAACCUCUCAACUCUACCAUCUUAGCCCUGAGACUUGUAAUGAAAUACUGAAUGUUCUUGAGCAGAUAGUUCAACAUCUUGUUACGUCUUUGACUGCAGAGCAAACUGAAGACUUAGACUUUGCACCAUCGUUCGCCGAAAUGGGUCAAGCAAUAGAAAAACACAUCCAAAACUCUGAUUUGCUUGACGCCUCCAAGAAAGAAGAGAACAAAGAGAAAAUUCUCUUAUCUUCUGCCUAUCAGUCUCUUCUUUGCUGUAUCUGGCGUAAUCUGCAGGCGUGUUGUGAGCUAUCAGUCAAUCUUGUCAUGACUUACUGUGAGGAUCUAUCAGAAAAAGAAAUCCUGCGAAGCGGAAAACUGGUUUCCACCGUUCUUCUUCAGUGUCGACACAAAGGGGCCAUUGAGGCAGCAGGGGUUGCUCUUGGACGUUUCAUGAGUUUCAUCAUAAAGAUGAACAAGGAUACCUUCAUUGGAUGGAUAGAUGAAGUGAUCUCAAAAGUUUUUGAACUAUUGACGAGUCAGAGUAGUAGAACAAUUUCCAGACGCUCCGCUGGAUUGUCUAUUUUGAUCCAUCGUUUAGCUCUCAAUGAUACUCGUCCGUACCAAAAUAUUAUUGAAAAAAUCGUUCCUGUUUUACUGGAUAUUGCUGCAGUACCAUUUGAAAAAAAUGAUCUUGUUUUGAAAGAUGUGCAACAAGCUCAAGCAUUACAUCUCCUAUGUAAAAUCGUUGAAGAUUCAUCGCUACGACUGUCUGUUGCUCCAUUUUUGGAGCGAAUUGUCUUGCAGUUAUGUUCCAGUAUUGCGUCACCUGUCUGGGGUAUCAGAAAUGCAGCGCUACAACUUUGCGGAGCAGUCAUCCUCAAGAUUCUGGGCCGCAAUAAAACCCAAGAGACUGAAUGUCUUGUCAACACCACCUUCGAACAGCUUUUUUCUCAUCAUGGAUACCUAGUAGAUAUUUUCCAAAAUUCUCUCGCCAAUCCUGCCAAAGAAGACUCCGACAAAAUAGUUUUUCUAUUAACAAUCUUAUCAUACACAUCCAUUCAAACAGACGUUGAGUCAACCAGAUCAGAUAAUCAGCAAAGAUUUUUGCUUCAACUGAGGGAGCUUGUGUACCAGUUUAUUUCACAUGAGCAUUAUGAAAUUCGCAGACUAGCUGCUUUGUCUUAUGUAAAUCUUUUCCCUGUAUCUAAAUUCAUGUUUGUUGCACAGGAAGCAGCGUUCAAGAUAAGUCUCUCUUUGGGAGUAGAUUUAAAGAUUUUGGUCCCUCAUAUUUUUGAGAAUUCAAUUUUAAGCCCUACGCAACUCAAUUUAUUGAAUACAAUGCCUUAUGAUGAGAAUUUAAUACAUGGGUUACUUCUCAUCAUAAAAUUUUCUAUGGUUAAAUUUAAAAAAGAAAACAAUGGUUUUGACAAUGAGCUCCUUUUCUUCAACUUAGUUUACAGCCUUGCCCAUGAAGGGGACUCAAAUUUGUGCUCCGCGUUACAAUCACUCAAAAUUUCAAUGCCUUCCAGUAUCUCUUUAUCAUUCCCUGUGAAAACGGUAGUUCAUGAAAUUUGUUAUUUAGCAGACUUCACCUGUGGACCUGGAAAGACGGACAUUUUCUUAGAGACAGAAUUCAGAGCAUUAACUAAAUUCAUUCACACUUAUAACCCGCAUGAUCCGAAGAAUGUUGGAGUGAGUGGUUUAUCCGAAAUCAUUUUAAAGUGUCUUGUAGCAAGGCACAGUCCUCGUCACAUGGGUAAUAUUUUCUGGUUCUGCUCAAUGAAUUAUAGUCACAACUUACUUGAUGUUUGCUUCAAAGAAAUGAAGCUUGACGAAAGCUCUGCUGCGGAUAUGCUCUCUCGAUGCUUUAAAUUCCUAUCAGUAGGUUUCUUCUCAGACGAUGUUGAGUCUAGAAUUAUCAACUUGACUGUGAUCGAAUUCAUAAUUUCCAUCUUAGACGAUUUCCAAAGUAGCUUAGUUGGUAGAGUAGAGGUCAAGAUGGACAAUAUAAAAACGUUCUGGUUUAGUUUCCAAACUGAGACUGACUUUCUGUCGAAAACAAUCCUAGUCACAUGUGGAUCGUUGUACAUGUGCUGCGACCUUGAUAGUAACGACCUUACCCUUAAAGAAAUCCUCUCUAGUUUAUUAAUUUACUUACCAGAACUUAUAACCGUAAAUUUUGAAGCAGUCCGGCUUGAUAUUGCCAAGUCUUUGUUUUACCUUUCCAAGCUGGUUUCGCCAGCGAAUGAAGACAUUUGUUUGAUUUGGGAGUCAAUAGUUUAUUUGUUACAAGAUGAAGAAUUCAGAAUCAGACAAACGGUGAGCAAAGUGGUCAUUUCUAUAGAAAACGAGGGAACGUCGGUGAAUCCUUUUGUUGCGCUGUUGAGAAUCAUCAAUCCUAGUUGCAUGUUAAAGUUAAUGAAACCAGAAUUGGUUUUCAGGUGCUAUUGUGCCAAGUUUACUAGUAAAACUAGUGCUAGCAGUAAUGAAUCCCCUAUGAAAACUGAUGUAAAUGAUCCUCUUUCUAAUCCGUUUAAUUACACACAUUAUAACUUUUACUUGGAGGAACCUGUUGUUUUAAGAAUGAUAUUUACAAGCUUUUGUUUUUUGUUACAAGAAAGUCUAGGUUUGAAAUUGUGCGAUGAAGCUUUAAUUUUGUUUGAGAAAUGGCAACUCACUGUAACAAAACCGUGCGUUCUCCCAAUCCUAGAAAAUAAGCCUUUUUAUGAAGAACUAUGUCAUAAACUGUUGCUCAGAAAAGAAUUCUCUGAAAGUGCUUUUUCGUUAUCACUCAUUAAAGACUCAUUUUCUUUAAGAUUACCAAAUUUAAAAUCUUUACUCCGAUCUAUACUUGUAAAAAGUUUUUCAUCGCCUUCAAUGGUAUCAGAACUUUGUAAGUAGAUGAGUAGCUCUGACCAAAGUUAUCAGUGGUUUGUUCAAGAAGCAAUGAACAGAAGGAAAGGUAUGAAUCAAAAUUCCAGGGAACAUUUUGUAUUUCCAAAGAGCUCCAUAAAAUUCUGUAUACCGUGAAAAUAUGUUCUAUAGACGUGUAAUUAAUACCCUGCCUUUAAGCCUUCUAAAAAAAGGAAAAAAAUUCUGCGCUAAAACAUGACACCAAAGUCAGUCAUUUUGCAUGAUUUUUAAUCAGUUUAUGUCGGUGUCUAAAUCUCUUAAAUGAAAUAAAAAGUUUUACUCUUGCGACCAAAUACAUUCUACAGCCCUGCUCUAGGAGUGAGGCUAAUGUUGGUUGCUCUGUUGGGUUAAAUUUUGUUAAAUAUAAAUUUUUUUUUAAAAUACUUACAUUUUUUUCCUGUCUAUAGUGGAAUGAGUAUUGCUUUCCUUUUUGUUCACUGAUUCAAAUAUAAUUUUAUACUCUAAGUAAUCUUGACCCUUUAAACUUAAGUUUCAUUUUUUGUUCAUUUUCCAUUUUAUUUUUUAACUCCAUUAAAGGUUUAUAAAAAUUUA